AUGGGUGGUUGCUUUUCCUCUCCUCGUCAAGGGUACGGCAUGGGCGGCGGUGGGUUUGGCCCUGGACCUCGCCCGCAUCAGGGCCCUGGAUUCGGUGGCGGUGGAAUGGAUAUGGGUGGAGGAUGGGGUGGACACCAUGGCGGCGGGCCAGGAUUCGGAGGCGGAGGUGGCUUUGGAGGCGGGGGUGGGUUUGGAGGUCCUGGGGGUGGGUUUGGGGGUCACGGGGGUCACCACGGGGGUGGGUUUGGAGGCCCCGGUGGAGGUGGUGGGUUUGGAGGACCAGGUGGCGGCGGCGGCGGCUUUGGUGGCCCCGGUGGAGGAGGUGGCCCCGGAGGUGGUGGUGGUUGGUAA